GUCGAAUUCACAGAAAACAUGCUGAAAAGUAGUGAUGGGGAAACAAAGCUUCCUGAAGCAUUGGCUCUUUCCAGACAAUUGUUUUUAAAAAAUAGUUUCAUUACUCAAGGCUUUGAGCGACACAGAAUUUAGAACAGCCACAUUUUUACAGAUGACGUCCCCCACCGUAGCAGCGUAGCCUUCAGGUCUGCUACUAAACUACUGGCCUUCAUCGAGAGCAUCAAGUCCAUGCUGCAUUGUGGGUAAACGGUGACUGGCUGACUGAUUUAUAAAUAAUAAUGAGUAGUUAUUUAUGAUGCAAGGUGAUUUGUAAAUGAGUCAGCAGCCACCUGCACUGUCGGCUGCAAUGUCGAACGAGCCCAAAUUAAUCAAUACCAAUCAGGUGUUCGACGAAAUUAUUCUUCAGACGUCAUUGAUCACGUGCUGCUGAUAAAGGAACACUGCUUUGAAUUAUACCGCUUAGCGACUUCAGUACAUGCCUCAUAGCUCCAGUCUCAAACUUAACCCCGUUCCUGAUGAUGAUGAUGAGAAGAAGAGAUGGUCUGCCUGCUGGAUGGAGAAAGACGCUCUCGUGGAAGAGGAGGCUGUUACAAUACAAAAACAAGUAGAGGUUGAGGCUGUUACCGUGAAAGAAGAAGAGAAAGACGUCUCAGUUAAAGAAGAGGAAGACUCGUUCAUAGUCAAAGAGGGGGACGGCGACGUUUCAGUGAAAGAAGAAGAGGGGGAGGUGACUGUCACAUUUGAAAAUGAAGAAGAGGAGGAAACUGGAUAUCUGGGCCCGGUUUCCCAAGCGCAUCUUAAAGCGUCCGAUGGUUCUAACGAUGACGGGGCCCUGAUUAACACUAGAGAGAGACCUGACUAUCGUGGAUCCUCUGGGGGGCCUCAACAACCUCAUGAUGCUGACAGGGCAGAGAAGAGUCUCUCCAAAUCAAAACACCUCAAGAAACACCAGCAGAGACCCACAGGGAAGAAAUCUCAUUGCUGCUCUGACUGUGGGAAAGGUUGCAAAUCUUCAUCAGAACUUAAAAUACACCAGAGAACACACACAGGAGAGAAGCCUUAUAGCUGUGAUCAAUGUGGGAGGAGUUUUACAACAUCUAGUGGUCUGAGAGCACACCAGAGAACACACACAGGAGAAAAACCUUAUAGCUGUGAUCAAUGUGGGAGGAGUUUUGUUCAAGCUAGCCAUCUGACUCUGCACCAGAGAAAACACACAGGAGAAAAACCUUAUAGCUGUGAUCAAUGUGGGAGGAGUUUUGUUCAAGCUAGCCAUCUGACUCAGCACCAGAGAAUACACACAGGAGAAAAACCUUAUAGCUGUGAUCAAUGUGGGAGGAGUUUUACUACAUCUAGCAUUCUGGCAGUACACCAGAGAACACACACAGGAGAGAAGCCUUAUAGCUGUGAUCAAUGUGGGAGGAGUUUUGUUCAAGCUAGCCAUCUGACUCAGCACCAGAGAAUACACACAGGAGAGAAGCCUUAUAGCUGUAAUCAAUGUGAGAAGAGUUUUCCUACAUCUAGCCAGCUGACUUCACACCAGAGAACACACACAUGAGAGAAGCCUUAUAGCUGUGAUCAAUGUGGGAUGAGUUUUACUGGAUCAAGCAAUCUGAUUCGACACCAGAGAACACACACAGGAGAGAAACCUUUUAGCUGUGAUCAAUGUGACAAGAGAUACGCUCAUAAAAGAUCUCUGAUCAAACAUCAGAAAAUACAUAUAUGAAGAAGUUGUUUCAUGAUAUCACUGAAAUAAUGUCACAAUGUAGAAUGUUUUAACAUUGUAGUAGAAGUAUUUUAAUGAUGUUCUACCUUAUUGUUUACCCUGUUCAAUUGAUUGCAGCAUGAUAUGGAUAUUAACCUCAGGGGGAAA